GAAGCGCCGCGCUCGGGGCGUACGAAUGUUCGUCAAUUGUGCAUGCAACAUGUCGCGCUUCGCUUUAUCGAGUUAGGCGGAAGGUGUCUGUAUUCUCGUGAUAUUUCUCCGCUGACUGCGUAACGGGAUGACCGUGCAAUGACGAUUCGGCAUCUGUUUGUGUCCUAGCGCAACCAUGAGGACGACUCGCGUGUCGGCGUUGCGUUUAUCCCGACGAUCUGCAACUGAAAGAGUGAACAUAACCCUGAGACAAUGAACCGCCCUGUUUUCGAGAUAUUCUGCUAAUCGCGAGUGAAACGACGGACAGGUGACAUUGAAUGGAUAUUCGGCUGAGCUUAUACUGAAGACAACAUGGGGCUGCUGUUCGCGAAGCUGUGGAGUUUCUUCGGUAACGAAGAGCACAAAAUAGUUAUGGUUGGUCUGGACAAUGCAGGAAAAACUACGAUAUUGUACCAGUUCCUAAUGAACGAGGUGGUCCAUACUUCUCCAACCAUUGGUUCAAAUGUGGAGGAAGUGGUGUGGAAGAACAUUCACUUUAUAAUGUGGGAUCUGGGUGGUCAGCAAAGUCUGAGAGCUGCCUGGUCUACUUACUAUACGAAUACAGAGUUUAUUAUUAUGGUCAUAGACAGUACCGAUCGAGAGAGACUCGGUGUAAUCAGAGAGGAACUAUAUUCUAUGUUAAACCACGAGGAGUUAAGCAAGGCCAACGUUUUGGUUUAUGCCAACAAGCAGGACUUGAAAGGCAGCAUGACUGCGGCAGAGAUUUCCAGACAGUUGGAUUUAACAUCUAUCAAGAAGCACCAAUGGCACAUACAAAGCUGUUGUGCCCUUACUGGAGAAGGGCUAUACCAAGGACUAGAGUGGAUUGUCGGGCGCUUGAAAAAGACAUGACGUACAUUAGAUUGAGAAUCGUUCAUAAGAGAGUCUAACGAAAUAUCUAAAAUGUAAAGUAUAUUAUUGAAGAUAAAUUAGCUCGAGCCACUUUGACGGUUAUGCGAAGUGAUGUAAGGAUGAAGACGGCGUAAGCGCUGUCACGACAUUUCGUUAGUCAUUAUUUCGAUCUCCUCUAUGACCCUCAAAGUGCACAUCCGGUUGCGUUGUAAAAUCAUCACGGACGGUGGACGGGCGAAAUCGUUCUUCGGCUGCUAAUUACGCGACGAGAUGAACAGCGAACCGCGAUUUCUUCGCACUACGGAAAUGGAGAACGUCCGGCGGCAUUAUUUGUACCGUGUGAAUUAACGGAGUAAUCACAGAAGAGAACGGAGAUAUAGCAGAAAGAUACGUUGAAAAGACACGUCAUUAGAUACUGUAGACGCGCGUGUGUUAAGGAAAUAAUUAUUUUGUCGCGCGUAACAAAUGUACAAAACACGUUUGUUUGAGCUGCCAUGAUUAAUUGCUCACGAGUUCCGGAAGGUAGUUAUUAAUUCAUGAUUUGUUAGCUUUCCUAAAGAGAACGGUAUCGAUUGCUUACGCAAUAACAGUACCCGAGAAAAGUUUUCUAUAACCCGUCCACCUGCGCUCCGCAGCAUAAACAGGCAGUGGAAAUGGAAAGGAAGACGGCGGCGAAACUAUUUGUACUCAUUUGAUGUGAGAGUGGACAAGUGAGGACGGAACUGUUGCGCAACAACAGAGCAACAACAAGCAGUGCACCUGUGUACAUAGUUUUUUAUACUUCGCAUUAAGAGAGUGAGUUCUGUAAAAGAGAAGGAAACGCGAUUAGAGAGUACCGAGAUUUCACCGACUGGUCUGCGACACGUUUCCGUACGUAAAAGGACUCCCACCCCGGCCCCUUCCAUGAGUAGAUUCACAGCAAACUGAACCCAGUCGACCGACUGAUACAACCUGGAGGAACUUUCAAGGCAGAAUACAAACUGCUCUGUGAUAUGUGAAUUCAAUUUUGAGGUAAUUUGCAGCUAAAGGCUCGCGCGGUACAUAACUGAUGUGCGACGUGCGAUUAAAAGGACAAGAUCGGUAGAGCAAAAGGCGGCUGACAAGAUCCGACGGAGAUGAUGUAGCAUCGAGUGUUAUGUACUGCGCGUGGUGUCGUGAUAGAUGCGAACGGGGACUUUGAAUUAACAACACGCUCGCGAAUUCACGCUUGUUCAUCUCGUGGCAUUCCAUUAUUAUAUUCUUCUUCGAGUGUCCAAAAGUCCAAAGUGAUUAGGUCAUAUAUUGAGAUAAAUCUAAUUAAUAUUUAAUAUAAUUAUAUUUUAAUUCUUAUAAUCACACACAGUAGAUACUUGUGCGAUCAUAAAAUCUAUUAGCCAAACGCGAAUUUUUUGGAAAUUUGUUCCUGGAUUUGCUCACGAUUACUGCAACGAAAGUGAACGAAUGAAGGUACGCGAGUUCUGACGUAACAUCGGAAUGUCUCUCCUCAAUCUACAGCUGUCUCUCGUUUUCGUCUUAAGUGUCUUUAUUUAAGUUAUCGUGAAUGUAACGUUUAACUUUUUUGUAGCGUGAAAUAUUCCGCAGUAAGUAAUAUUAAUUACUAGUAGUUUCAGAGAGAAAAAGGAAAAAAGAUGUGAAGGAAUUAUCAGCGCUGACGACCGAUUAACGGGUAUACGCGAGAUUUAUUGUAUAGAAGUUGUUGAACAUCACCGCGCGCGCGAGGGACAAAUGCCGUCUAUAAUGCCAGAGUGAGAUAAAAAAUUAGAUAAAAGAGUUGACACGCUAGCUUUCUCAUAUUGAGAAACGCUUUCUUAAAUGUUAACGUAAGAAUGUGUCGUGUAUAUUGUUCGAUUCAUUGAAAUUCUACGCGGGAUAUAUCGAAUUUUUAUCCUCGGAUAUGUCCCCCUAUCUUCCCCCGCCCUGCCAUUCCCAUGUUCCCCUUAUUUAACGCAAUUGUGUAAAAAAUUUCUGGAAUGUAAAGUACAACGCAUAGGUUGUUUUAACGUCGACGUUAACAAAAUGCGGGAAUGCACGAAUCAAAUGAUCGUGCUUGUUUACGAACUCUUCAAACGGCUCGAUCUGCCGAAAGGGCGAUUACGGUUAAUUAAUAAAGAAACUCAUUUCCGAUUCAUCGAUCUUUAUCUAUAAUGUAUAAGUCAGAGGAAUCCUCUCCUGUACAACUUUAUUAAAAAUAAUAACGGAGACUCAAAAGUAUGCGAUGUCAAAUAAAUUAAAAGAGUUUCUAUCGA